AGAAAUGUGGACCAUGCCAAACGACUGCGUGUUCCGGCCGUUCCUUUUAAUGUCGGACUGGCCGGUUGAUGCAACAUUGUAGUAUUUGAUCAUUUUAUAUUUGUAACAGCUAACCAUGCUUCGCGCUUGUGUGUUAUGCGUGAUUGUCGCCGUGGCCCUUGCCGAUCCGGUUCCUGACUUCAAAGAUUGUGGUUCUGUCAGCGGAAAGAUCAACACCCUUGACAUCACGCCAUGUCCCUCCUUCCCUUGCCAGUUCCCCAAGGGCAAGAACGUCACCGUCUCCAUCACAAUGACAGCGAGUGCCCAGGUGACGACAGCCAAGACGGUAGUCCACGGCAUCAUUGCUGGCAUCCUGACCCCCUUCCCCCUGGCCCAGCCCGACGCCUGUCAGGACAUGACCUGCCCCGUCAACAGCGGCGUCGACGUGACCUACAGCAACAACAUCUUGGUGCAGGAAGUCUACCCUAAGAUCCGCCUGGUGGUCAAGUGGGAGAUCCAGGACCAAUCUGGACAGGACUUCAUCUGCUUCGAGCGCCUGGCCAAGUUCAACCAGGGUGGUCGGCGGCAUAUGACGUUGAGGCACACGUCUCCCUAUCAUGGCCCAUGGUCCCUAUCACGUGUUAAAUUGGGUGAAGUCGUGUUGGACCUGACUCAACCCUUGAAUAUGUUCCUGCAUCUGGCGGCCAUCCUGAUUCUCACUGUGGGGUCAUGCUCGGGAAAUUCCGUGACGGACUUCGGAGACUGUGGCUCGAGUGUUGGUGAAAUCAACAACAUUGACAUAACUCCUUGUGACCACCCCUCCUCCCGGUGUAGAAUUCCCCGGGGCACCAACGCCACUCUCGCCGUCAACUUCACCGCAAAUGAAGUUGUGUUAGACUUGACGCAUCCCUUGAAUAUGUUCCUGCAUCUGGCAGCCAUCCUGAUUCUCACUGUGGGAUCAUGCUCGGGAGAUUCCGUGACGGAGUACAAAGACUGCGGCUCGAGUGUUGGUGAAAUCAACCGCAUAGACAUUACUCCUUGUAAGAGCAGCGUCAGGUGCGGCAUUCCCCGGGGCAUCAACGCCACUCUCGCCGUCAACUUUACCGCAGCUGCACAGAUUACCUCAGCUAAAAACUUCAUAUGGGGAAUUGUUGACGACAACAUGUUCCCAUAUCCGGUUCCGCUGGAUGCGUGCGACCACAUGAAGUGUCCUUUACAGAGCGGAAGCCAGGCCGUCUACAACAACGCAUUCUUCAUUUCUGAAGCAUUUCCUAAGAUAAGAUUUAGUGUCAUCAACACCGACGCCGUGGAAUACCGGACUUCUGAUCUUGUAAGAUUUGGCCAACUGCAAACACACACCGUCAUGAACGUACUCGCCCUCGUCGCUGUCUUUGCGACUUUGAUGUUCAUGGGCCAAGCGGAGCCCAUCAAUUUCAAGAACUGCGAUGCCAAUGGUACUGUGACGUCAAUGGACGUCACCCCUUGUCCCGUGCAGCCGUGUGCCUUUCAUAAGGGCGACGAUGCCAAGGUCAAAAUCUGUUUCAAGUCACCUGCGUCGUCAAGUAACUUGACAGCCGAGAUUGACGGGAUCGUGGCAGGGAUUCCAGUUAAAUUCCCCAUGCCUAACCCUGACGGCUGUUACCAGUCAGGUAUCGGGUGCCCCGUCUCCCAGGGCCAGACCUACUGCUACACCAACAACUUGGCAGUGCUGCCGUCAUACCCCACGAUCCGGCUUGUGGUUAAAUGGUCUCUUUCUGGGGACAACAAGGUCCCUCUAUUCUGCGUUCUCUUCCCCGUGGAGAUAGAUGAUGCUGAGAGGGCGGGCCCUCUGUCCGUCGGGGACACACCCACAGGGGAAGAGGUUGACACGUUCAGUCGUGACGACGGAAGUACUAAGUGACUAUUCCACCUGCAGCUACAGUCCUGGUUCAUCCGCAUCACCAUGGUGACGACGCAGCAUCAGUGUCCUCGGGAGCCUCACACUUCUUGUCUACGCCGGUAGUUGCUGCGUUUGCAUCUUCCCGAG